AUCAUCCAUCGAGUUAGCCUGAAGUGAGAUGGGCGAGACGACAUACCCGGACACAGAAUAUGGAGCGAGAUACAAAAAUCUGCCUGACGUGGCUCUCCGUCUCAACACAUUCCUCGGCGGAGGGUACAACGGCCAAUACUCUUCCUUCAAUCUGACGUCAAAGCUUGAUUUGUAUCGUCUGGAUGAUAAGGAGCACGUCCGAAUUGAAUUAUGGUCCGCUCCGGGUCUCACGAAGCCAAUUUUUGCAGAGGCUUCGAAGCAGACGUAUCGACCGUCAGCUAAAGGGGAAUGCUUUGGUCCCGCCUGGAGCAAUCAUUGGUUCCGCGUGACCUUGGACAUUCCGCCGGGGUGGAGGGAGCUCGAAAGAGUCCAGCUCGACUGGGACUCGAGUGGAGAGGCUUUGGUGUACAGCGAGAGUGGAGAGGCCAUACAAGGUCUGAGCGGGGAUAGCGCCCGAUUUCAACGGAACGAGUUUGUCAUACCUCAACGCCAUCGUUGCUCAGGGUCGGUCACGUAUUUGAUUGAGGCAUCUUGCAGCGGUAUGGUUGGAGAGACGCACAAUGGCAGAUUUUCACUUCGCGUGGCCGACCUGGUGGCGCCGAACAUGGAAGCAUGGCGGCUGAAGUGGGAUUUCGAAACCCUCAAGGAGAUAUACGAGUACUGCCCGGACACGGUCUUGGGACAACGGUGUCUCACUAUCGCUUCGAGAGCCAUGAAGGCGUUCAAGCGUGGACGGCCAGAGCAGAUAGCAGCUGCUCGGACGGCAAUCUCCGAUUGGAUCAUGCAGCCUGGCAGACACAGGUCGAAAUCUUCGGAGCACAGCAGCACCUGGGCUUUAGGCCAUUGCCAUAUAGAUACUGCGAACUUAUGGACAUACUCCGUGACUCAGCAAAAGUCGGCCAGAUCCUGGUCAUCGCAGCUGCGCCUUAUGGAAGAGUUCCCAGCAUAUAACUUCACUGUCACUCAGGCUCAACAGCUCAAAUGGGUCGAGAACUUGUAUCCUGAGCUCUUUCAUCGCCUGAAGCUCCAAGCUCUGAGAGGUCGCUUUCAAGUCAUAGGAGCCACAUGGGUCGAAAUGGAUACCAACAUUCCGUCUGGAGAAUCCUUAUGUCGACAGUUCCUACACGGUCAACGAUAUUUUGAGAGCAGGUUCGGUCAACGCUGUACCACGUUCGCGCUACCAGAUUCAUUCGGAUUCUCUUCACAGCUGCCUCAGAUUGCGAGGUUGUCCGGCGCCACCAACUUUUACACUCAGAAGAUGAGCUGGAAUCUGACAAAUCACUUCCCACAUACUUCGUUCAACUGGAUAGGCCUAGAUGGAUCACAGUUACUCUCUCACAUGUCUCCCACAGAGCUAUACAGCUCGACAUGUAGCAUCCCGGAGAUCUGCAUGAACAUCACUAACCACGGUAAUGCCGACGUGGCUGCGGACUCGAUAUUUCUGUUUGGUCAUGGAGACGGGGGUGGCGGUCCCAUAAACUGGAUGCUGGAGCGAUUGAGCCGCGUACAGGCCGUCGCAGAAGGCUGCGAGGCCGGUGGUCUACUGCCAACUAUUAAGAUUGACGGGAGCUUUGACGAGUUUUACGAGACCUUACGGGAGAAGACGAACAAUGGUAUGGCGUUGCCGACGUGGCACGGUGAAAUGUAUCUGGAACGUCAUCGCGCUUGUCAGACCUCCCAAGCGCGUAUCAAGAGAUCAAAUCGGAAGUUGGAAAUCCUGAUUCGCGAAGUGGAGUUAUUAGCCACGCUGGCUUCUAUUAGAGAUACUGACUUUCAUUAUCCUGCAACGGCGCUGGAAUCCAUAUGGGAGCGAAUCCUCCUCAAUCAGUUCCACGACGUCAUUGCUGGGACUGCAUUCGGCAGAGUUUACACCGAGGUCGAACAAAUGAAUGAGGCUCUAUUUCAAGAACUGGACCAAAUCUUGCAACAAGCAUGCAAAGCGAUCUCGGCUGGACAAUCUGUAAUGGUCGCCUUCAAUAGUCUACCAUGGCUGUCCCGUCGAGAAGUCUGCAGCUACGACGGUCAUCAGACGGUGUUUGCAUCUACCCCAGAAUCCGGUCACAUCCUGGCACGUCCAAUACAGUGGCAAGACUUGGUCCUCCCUGCGACUGUUAUUCAUUCCGGAGACGAAAUCACCAUCUCGACCAGCACGAUUGCAAUCGUCCUUCAGGGCGGGCGAAUCACCAGCCUUGUAGACAUUGCUCAGGCGCGCGAGCUGAUCCCGACCGGUCAAAGUGGCGGUCUUUCCCUCUAUAUUGAUAUCCCGCACGAUUACGACGCGUGGGAGGUUGAAUCAUAUACGCUGGAUGACGAGGAGCAGCUUGAGUUCACUGACUUAGAGAUAGUGGAGAAUAGCCCCCUGCGUACUGUCAUAACUGCUCGUGCUGCUGUCGGCGAGCAUUCAACGGCGACAUGCCGAAUCAGUAUCGAUAACAUCGCUCCCUCUACACGCCCCGAUGCCCGCCACAUGAUCCGCUUUGAUGCCGAAGUGGAGUGGCACGAUCAUCACCAGCUUUUGUGUUUCACGCUACCGUUGAACAUCAACUCCGACUACGCGACUUAUGAUUCGCAAUUUGGUUUCAACAAGCGGCCGACACAUAGGAACACAUCAUGGGACGCGGCGAAAUUUGAAGUCUGUGCUCAUACUUUCGCUGACCUCUCCGAGUACGGUUAUGGCGUAGCACUGCUUAACGACUGCAAAUAUGGAUAUACGGUCAGGGGCAAUGUCAUGCGGCUGAGUCUUCUGAGGGGUCCAACAGAACCAGAUUUGGAAUGUGACAUGGGCCAUCAUCAAUUCAGCUGGGCCAUUUAUCCUCACGUUGGAUUGUACCACCAGAGUGAUGUAGCUGAUGUGGCCGCGGCAUUUAACGCUCCUAUGAGAGUCGUAUCAGCAAUGUCAGACGGAUCCUCUUUUGCCGCUCCGCCGUUUGAGAUGCCAAUCAGGUUGGAGAGUUCAAAGAGCAUCGCCAUCAGCGCCGUCAAGCGAGGGCAAGAUGACCACCACACUGAAGCCUUCACCAUCAUUAUGAGGCUAUAUGAGAGAUUUGGCGGGCAUGCAAAAGCGAAGCUGAGGAUAUCCAAUCUUCGCGUUCUCAAAGCUGAGCUAGUAAACAUCUUGGAGGAGAAGUUGGCCGAGGUACCCCUGCGCCAGGAGGGUGAUGGAUAUCACUUAGAUCUCCUUUUUGGCUCGUUCGAACUUGUGACCGUCAAGCUGUACUUAGAUCUGUAGCACAUCCAGUCGUCGUCAAGAAUAGCAUGUAGCCGGUCGGUAGCCGUAUGGAAAAGUGCCACUU